AUGCAAGCCCCUCACCACCGCAAAGUCGAACUACAGUCCAAUGCAGACCUCAGUUUUCUCUACACCAACGCGCUCGCGCUAUCACGCCAGAAACUCGACGAAGUCUAUCCCGAGCCCGACGAGGUGAAGACGCGAGUCAAUGAGCUGCUUGAAGAGUUCAUCCACCAGACAUAUACCCUCGCAUCCGACUCGAUCAGCAUCAACGGCGUAGACCUCAACACGUCUGACCGGUCAACAGGCCGAAAGAAGAACCUGCCCUUGGGCUCAGCAUUCUCCGCACCCGAGACGAUCGAAUACGAAGCCUUUGACGGCGCGCUCGCGUCGCGCGUCAGCUCGCUUUACGCACAGCUCGAAUCGCUCACAACGAGCGUGGCACAAUUACGACGCGAGGCGCCGGGCAAGGCAGCCAAGAUGUACGCCGACACGCUGAACGGCAUUCUCGCCGAGGAAGACGCCGAGUUUGAGUCUCUCAUCACCAAGGAAGAUCAUACUACGGAGGAAGCUGAAUGGAAAUUGGAUAUCCCGUUUGGAUCAGACGCAGAGCGAGAGCGCUGGCAAAACGGUGAAAUGGCAGAGGUAUACUCGGAGACAUUACAAACUCUGCUUCGGUUGCAGGGCGAGUACGUCGAGGGUGACGAGCAGGGAAGCCUGGAAGCGUCGCAGAACGCGCUGUCGACGACGAUUGGCAAGGCCGAGAGGGCAGGACGCGCGGUAGACGUUGUGAAGAAGAUGUGA